AGAUAAAACGCUUAGCGACACAGGUAUUGUACAGCAUUCAUCAAAACGUUUCAAAGACGAUUGUAUCCAAGCCCAACCGAGUGAUUUUUGUUUUACGUUGUACGCAAUGCAUCUAACCGUUCGCGCGGUGCUUCUGUUGAUGCUAAUCAGCACAGCAAUAGCACAAAAAAGCAAUCGUUGGUGGAUGAUGUUCCCUAAUUUUGACGAAAAUGGCUCACCCAAGAACACCCAAGAAAAUUCAACAAGUGCAUUUGAAGAUAAUCUACGUAACGGAACUGAAGAGUUAGCUGACGUUAAUUUCAGCGUGAAUGCUGUUUUGAAUUUAGAUUCCGAUAUCGACAUUGAUGCCGAAAACGAAGAAAACGAAAACGAAGGUAGUGGCAAUUCGGCUCUCCCUAAGAACUAUUCAAAUUGGGGUAACAAAACGGAAACAGCUGGAACCAGUGAAAUAAUUCCCGAAGAGGAUACCGACGAAGAAUUUGUGUCGACCAUAGAUAAGGAUUUAAAAGGGAACCAGACUGACGCCAAUACGGCAUCGGGCGCCUCACAAGAAGAAAACGAAACAGAAAUUGAAGGAGAAGACCCUUCAGGUCCUUCAGUGCUGGAAGAAGGGAAUCAAGACCAUGAACUAACUGAGCGUAUUGAAGAAGAAUUCGACGAAGCAAUUCUCAUAGAAGGCGAUGCAGAGCAAUUGACAAAAUUAGAAGCGCAGAGGAAUGACGAUGAAGUUGAUUUCAGUGGAGAGAAUGAACUGGAGGACGAAGAACUUCCUGAACAUAAGCAAACCUUCAAAGAACGAGACGAAGCAGUUCACGAAUAUGGAGACGCCCAUCCGUCUUCCAAAGCAUUAUUGGAUAAGCUUGAUUUAGAGAAUGACGAAACUGAAGAUUCUGAUCUUGUCGCUGAAGAACCAGACCAAUCUUUUCACGACCAAGGAGAUGCCCAUCCGUCUUCAAGAGUGGAAAUGGAGGAAAAUGAAUCCAACAUUGACGAAACGGAUGAUUUAGAAAACUUUGAAGAAGAAAGUUUGACAAACGGCGAAGUCGUUGAGAAAGAUACGGAGACGGUCGAUGGAAGUUCGAAUCAAGAAAAUAAUCCCGAUAUCAAUCGAGAAGACAAUAGCUCUUCAGAGGAAUCAAAUGAAAAAAAUGAGGAUAAAACAAAGGAAGAAAUAAUUGAUGAUCCUGAUUUUGAACGUAUCGUGGAGGACGACGUAAUCGAAGACGAAAAUAGAGCAGUUGCAAAUCAACAGCUGAAACCCAAAACAAAACAAAAUAGUGAGCCUAACAGCAUUGAAGACGAAACUACUCAAGACGAAGAUGACCCACUAACAGCAAAUAACUUGGACGAUGAAACGAUUGAAGAUGACCCACUACCAACAAACAACGAAGAGUUAUCUCCUUCCAACUUGGACGAUGAUAUUGCUUUACACUGGGUCAACGAGGAAUCGUCAAAUACGAAUAGCACAGACAGUAAAAAUUCCGAAAUUAUUCCAACUGUGGUUCCAAUUGCUCCUAUGGCCCCAAUUUUCAAAACUCCAACUUGUAGCUUUGAACAACGACCAUUCAACCUGACGCUUCAACCAGUGAAUUCGGUUAACGGAUUGCACGGCACGGACACAACACUUUUGUGCACACUGAUUCCGUACAACGGAUCGGAACCAUUACCGUACUUCCGUCUUACUUGGUUAUUUGAGAAAGAUAACUGCCAGAGAAAUGCAUCGAACACAAAUGCCUGCACAACAGUACUCGCUUCCAUGAACUACGAAUCCCAAUUACCUAACAUUACCUAUACACUGUCAUACAACUUGACACAACUCAAUCACACGACUCACGCAGGGUUAUAUAUAUGCGAUGCCCAAAUCUAUGGUUGCCAAUCAGUAAACCAAAAUGCAACUCAAACUAGCAAAGCUCUUUAUAUGCGAGUUUACGUCAAGCCGAAUUAUGCAUUUCAUAUUGGUAUCAUUUCGUCAGCCUGUGUUCUCUUAUUGGCAAUUCUUGCUGGUUUGGUGAGUUACGCUCGUCGAGUUCAAACUAAAUCGAAGAAUCGGUAUCAGGAGUUAUUAUCGUCGGCCGAUAUUCAAUACUACCCUUCUAAAGUUUUGGAGCUACCGAAUUCUGUUUAUAACGCUACAACCACUGGAUUCAUACGAAUGAGCGCCAGUACCUUUUCGAGUAAAUCCAGCUUUACCAGCAAUGAUGAAGAAGCUUAAUUUUUACUGAUUCUACCCUAAACUAGCUUUGUAUAUGCCUCAAUUCAGGCAGUGAGCAAUCACCAACUAAUAGGAAACAGCAGAAAACAAAAAUGUUUUACCUUUCAUAA